GUGAGCUGGGCUAGUGCGUCGGCUCGGGGGUUGAGGCCCGAGAGGCUGGACAGAAGGUUUUUCUUGCUCCCUGCUGCCGCCAGAGCAGGCCUUAGUGGAGACCACUGUGGCAUUUCCUUUUCUAUUUGUUGUAGGUUCCGUGGCCUAAAACGAAGGAAGUAAAAUAAGUUUUCCUACUGAGAAGGCUCAGUUUCAAGUAUAUGUUACGAAAGGAAUUAAUCAGAGAAAAGUACACAGGGUAGAGAGAGGAAUCUGGAAAAUCAACUGUUAUUUAUUGUGCCAGGCACAUUAUGAUGAAUAAACUGGUCUUGUUUCCCGCUUCAGGGGAAACAGACUCGUGAGGAAGACAAUAAGGUAACAAGCCAGUUGUCUUGUCCCACAAUCUGGAUCUGGAACAAGACACCUUGUAGAGUCCUCUAAUUUGUUUCUCCCUGAGCCUGGCCCUUGUAUCCUCUGGAAACCGGAAGCCAGCCCCUGACACUGCUUCAGGCUCAGGGUCAGCCUCUUGGCAAGGCCGCUUCAUAGGUUUGGUGCACUGUGAGUGGCUUCACAUCAGGAGGGAGCUGCUGGGAUGGCCAGUUGUCCCAUCAUUGAAGAUGCUGAGUUUGACCUUUGAUUAAGAUGGUGGCAGACAGCUGUCUCCUUGGCAAACUGUCAUUCUUCUGUGAAGAAGAGCUUUUCCUCAUCAAGUGGGGAUGAUUACAGUUCUUAAAAAGGAUGGCUGCCCUUUUUCUAAAUAGGUUAACUCUACAAACUAUAAAGACUGAAAACAAUUGCAUUGGAUGUUUUGGAAAACACAUUGUGCAAAAGACAGCACCAGUAUGGUGGUCCUCUACUGCUCCUACCCCACGGCUGGCCUUUCUAGGUCAUGCAAAGGCUUUUAGCACUGUUGAAGACAUCCAGGAUGAAAGAAAAAAGAAAAAAAAGGAUGGAACAUUGUUCAGUAACAUUGGAAGAAAAAUUAGUGCCCGAAUUAUUCACGUACUGGAUGAGAAGGGCAAUGAUUUGGGAAACAUGCACCGAGCAGAUGUGAUUAGACUCCUGGACGAGCGAGACCUGAGGCUGGUUGUGAGGGAUGCCAACACGGAGCCACCGCAGUACCAGCUGAUGACAGGGAUACAGAUUCACGAAGAACGACUAAGGCUGAGAGACAGGGAGAAGGCUAGGCCCAAAAUAGGACCAACCCUGAUGAAGGAGCUAACUUUUUCUUCAAAUAUUGGGCAACAUGAUUUGGACACAAAGAAUAAACAGAUUCAGCAUUGGAUUGAAAAAAAAUUCAAAGUUCAAAUUACUAUAAAGAAAGGGAAGAACACAGAUGAGCCAGAAAAUAAAAUGGAGGAGAUAUUUAAUCAAAUACUCGAGACUAUGCCUGGAAUAGCUACCUUCUCAUCCAAGCCACAAGCUACUAAAGGAGGAAAAGCUUUAAUGUGUGUUCUCUGUCCUCUGACCAAAAAGGAAGAGGACGGAUAUAGAGAAACUGAGGAGACCCAGAAAAGAGACACUUUGAAAAAAGAUCAUGGAAAUGAUAAAGAAUCAAAUGUUUUACAUCUGUGAUUUUAAUAAAGAAAAACAUGCUUCUGA